AUGGGCAGCAAGGGCCACGAUGACGAGAGGCGCGGCUCGUAUGCUCCCGAUGAUGAUGGCCACACCAGUGGCAGCGAUGGCGAGUACCAAAAGCCCGUCGAGGUCACCUUCGACCCCAGCAGCCCGUACCGUCGCAAAAGCUCGCUCGUGUCUGCUGAGGCGCCAUCGAUGAUCCCGGCGAGGCAUGCCCGGCGGAACACCGAUUGUAUGGUUCAUCAGUUCCUUCAGGCGCAGAAGGCCCACCACGACCCUCGAGGCCAGCAGGCCGGCUCGGAUCACUACCAGGCGCAUGGUGCAUACGACCGCCCAGGCCAGCAGCCAUCCACAGACCUGUCUGGUGAGAAGGGCCUCGAAGAGAAGGUGGACGUCAAGGGCAGCGAGGUGGAGCACAAGAGUCGCGCCCAUAUCCUGGGGCCCGGCGCUUCGGGCGAGGAUGGGGACGGCCAGGCUGACGAGCAGGCGUGGCGCAACGAGAUUAUCAAGUCCGAGUCCCAAGUCAACAUGGCGGGCGCGCAGAAACACGCGGUCGACGAUUCGGUCUACUCCAAGGAUGAGCUGCACAGCCGCCUCCUCACGAAGAAGCAGCUGAGCGACAUGGCCUGGGGCGUGCGCGAGCUCAGCAGACGACUCAGCAGCAUGCGCAUCCGGUUCCGCGUCAAGACCAUCUUCCUCCUGACCAAGAUUCAUGACGCGGAUCUCAUCCCCCGGACGAGGGAGCUCGUCAAGUGGCUUCUGGGCCGUGACCACGAGGUCCGGUACACCGUCUACGUCGAGAACAAGUUCCGAGACAGCAAAAAGUUCAACGCCUCUGGUCUCCUGGACGAGCUGCGGUCGGAAUACGUCGAGGCGGGCGAGCUCGGGGAGAAUGACAGCGGCGAGUCCAUCUCCAAGCGGCUGCGUUACUGGGACGACGAAAUGUGCCGCACGCGACCGCACACGUUUGACUUCAUCAUCACCCUCGGCGGCGACGGCACAGUCCUCUACGCGAGCUGGUUGUUCCAGCGCAUCGUGCCUCCCAUUCUCAGCUUUGCGCUCGGCAGUCUCGGGUUCCUCACAAAAUUUGACUUUGAGGACCAUCGAUCCAUCUUGACCAACGCUUUCAACAAGGGCGUCACCGUGAGCCUGCGGCUGCGGUUCGAGGGCACCAUCAUGAGGAGUCAGAAGCGUAUCAGCACAAGCGACGCGGCCAGCAGCACGAGCUCGCUGGACGACGAGAAUGUAGGCAGGGAUCUCGUCGAGGAGCUCAUCGGCGAGGAGAAGGACAAUGAGCACACGCACAAGCCCGACGGCACCUAUGAGAUUCUCAAUGAGAUUGUCGUGGACCGCGGCCCCAACCCAACCAUGUCGUACACGGAGAUCUUUGGCGACGACGAGCACUUCACAUCAGUGCAGGCCGACGGCAUCUGCGUCUCGACGCCCACCGGCUCGACCGCGUACAACCUGGCGGCCGGCGGCUCCCUCUGCCACCCGGAGAACCCCGUCAUGCUCGUGACGUCCAUCUGCGCCCACACGCUCUCGUUCCGCCCCAUCAUCCUGCCCGACACGAUCGUGCUGCGCGUCGGCGUGCCCUACACGGUGCGCACCAACUCGUGGGCGAGCUUCGACGGCCGCGAGCGCGUCGAGCUGCACCCGGGCGACUACGUCACCAUCAGCGCGAGCCGCUACCCCUUUGCCUCGGUGCAGGCGCACGGCCGGCGGAGCGAGGACUGGGUCAACAGCAUCAGCGGCAAGCUUGGGUGGAACACGAGGCAGAAGCAAAAGUCGUACAAGCAGUGGAACUAA